UUUCUGUGUCUGUGUGCUUUUUCCAUCAUUUUUUUCAGUGUUCCAUUCAAUUUCCCCCCUACUCUACUGGUUUAUCCAUUUCAUGAUUAUUGCAAAUAUCUGAAUAAGAAAUGGACCAAAAGAAAAAAAAGAAACGAUAACAAAAACUAGAUAGAUAAAAAUCAAAACGAAAAAAAAUGGUCAUCUAAUAUAUUGGGAGAAAAUCCUAUCUGGCACCCUCUUCCAGCUUGCUCCUAUAAAAUAGCGACGCAUCAAUUUCCUAACACAUUCAUCAUGAAGGUGAGUUUGUAAAGCCAUAUGAAGCUGUUGCUGUGUUUGUACUCUUUUUAUUCCUACUGUCAUAUUACCGCCUUCUUUAGUGUUUCUUUUGUGCGUUUCUUUGAUCUCUUUUUUGUUAUAUGCUUAAUAAAAUACAUAAAUGUGUUUAUAGUGUCAGUAAUUCCAAAUAAACAGAUAUGUAUCACUUGAUUACAUAUAGGUAAACUCUACUUUUCAUUCUUAGUACCUUCAUAUUAGAUUUUGAUUUCAGAUAAUUGUAAGAAUGCCAAGCUGUUUAUCUUGUAGUCGGGAAAUUCAGUAAGAAAUAUUCUCCGUGCCCAGUAUGAUGAACAGUCCCUUUCCAUUCCAGGCGGUGGUCGUGCUGGUUGCAUCGUUGGUGGUGGUUGUCUCGGGGCAGGAGGUGGACCUCGACCUCUCCCGCGGGCCCGCUGACGCAGACAGCAGCAUCCAGCUUGACUCCCGAGGUGGCGUUGCGACUUUCCAGGGGGCUUUCCCGAAGGAGGGUCUUCUGGCCGUUCACGAGAGGCUGACGGAGAGCUACGAGAACGAGGCAGAGGAAGCGAGAAGGAUCUUCGAUGAGACACAAGAACCGGUAGAGCAGGUGACGCCCUACCAGUGGGCAUACGAGGUCCACGCAGCGUCCACGGGCGAUCAGAAGAGCCAGGUGGAGCGCCGCGAGGAGGACGGGGUGGUGCGAGGCUCUUACUCCCUGGUGGAACCCGACGGCUCCCGCAGGACCGUCACCUAUGUUGCCCAUCCCGAAGAAGGCUUCCAAGCAACCGUGCAAACUGAGACCAGCGCGCAGGGCCUUUCCCUCCAGAACCCCGUUUCAGACGCUUCGCAGAAUUCCUUCCAUGUUGCCCCGACGCAACAGCAAGGUUAUUCUGUUUCUCAGUACCAUGGCGGCAGCCGGCACCUGGGACACCUGCAGCAGAUUAAUAACAGGCAACAACAGCUUGGUAACCAAAGACCAUUCUCAAACGUAUUCCAACAGCAACAGUUCAACGGACUCGGUAAACAAGAAUUGAUAUACAAUGCACAGCAGCAGCAAAACUAUGGCAGAUUGCACCUGCAGUCCCCAAGGCAGCCUCCGUUUAUUAACCAGGUGCAAUACGCAAAUCAAGGACAAGGUCAGCUCAAUAAUCAGAACCAAUAUGUACUGCAGCAACAACGGUUAAGGCAGCAGCAACAGCUUCUGAAUCAACAAAGGCUGCAACAACAACAGUUUCUGAAUCAGCAAAGGCUGCAACAACAGCAACAGUUUCUGAAUCAGCAGCGGCUACAACAGCAACAACAGUUCCUGAGUCAACAACGACUGCAACAGCAGCAGCAGUAUAACCAACAGCUGCAACAGCAGUAUGAAAGACGCAGGUCACAGAUAAUCAAACUGCAGCCAAAGAUUGGUACACUUCCCCCGAUAUUCGGUCACCAGCAUCAGCAUGGCGGACAACAGCAGCACUUCUCACAACAGCAACAGCAGUACUUUACACAGCAGCGACAGCCAUUCAUCGGGCAGCAGCCGAGAUUCAGGUCUCAUCAGGCCGCUGCCUCGAGUUCAGCACAAAAUAGACAGCUCUUCCAGGGUUCGGGUAACGACCCAGUGGAAUACGCCGUGGUGCCCGUCACGCUCCAUCGUAUUAAUCAGUAACUUCGGCUUCUCCCUCGUUCUGUUCCGUAUUCUCCGCAUUUCCGGACUCUUCUGUGGCACUCGGAAAGAGAAUCCAAGAGCUACGGUACGAAAACGGUUUGUCGGCGCACUCAUGACCAGCAGGUCGCCUUUUUUGUCCAGCAUGAUGAAAAGAAAAAAUGGUUAUAAAGAGUGGUUAUCAGGGUU